GAGGACGGGGAGCUGAUCGACUGCAACGACGUCCCCCCAGAGCUGAGCGGCUCCGGCGCCGCUGAGGAGAAGGAGAAGUACAGGCCCCAGGUGCUCGCCAAGUGCGUGUGCACCCCAGGCACGCAAUGUAAGUCGGUAAUAGCGAAUGCGGGCGUGGCCUCGGUUGCGUCGACGAUCUUCGUGAGGGUGGCCUUGGGAACUCUCCUGGAGCGCUUCGGCCCAGUGAGCGUUCAGUGUGGCUUAAUGUCCUUUGGGGCCUUUUGGGUGGCAAUGGCAGCCGCGAUUACGGCUCCAUGGAACUACACUUUGAUCCGCUUCUUCAUAGGCUGUGCUGGCGCCACGUUCGUGACCAAUCAGUUCUGGUGUUCACUGAUGUUUGCCCCCAACGUUGUCGGCACGGCCAACGCCACUGCGGCCGGUUGGGGCAACCUGGGAGGUGAUGCCAGCGCCCUGGCGGGUGCCUUCGGCUUGAUGAACCUUUUUGCAAGAUCCCUUGGAGGCAUUAGCAGCGAUGUUUGCUACAAGUACUUCGGCUUCCGCGGCCGGAUUUGGGCUCAGUUCCUGGCACUCUUUUUCGAAGCUAUCUUCCUCUUCAGCUUCGGAAACGUGGACAACUCGCAGCCUUGGUAUGUGGCCUUGGCAGUCUUGGUCUGCUUCUCGCUCUUUGUGCAGAUGGCUGAGGGCACCUCCUACGGCAUCGUGCCCUUUAUGAACCGGAAGCAGCUCGCAGUGGUGUCCGCGCUUGUGGGUGCCGGUGGAAACCUCGGGGCAGUGAUUGCAGGCUUCUGCUUUUACAAGCCAAUCCAGGAUGCCCUGCUGCCUUUCCAGGUCCACGCAGGCUAUGUGAUGUUUUGGGCGCUGCUGAGCCCCUGCUACUACUGGUCUGAGCUGGGUGGAAUGUUCCACGGACCGGCACAGAGCGAGAAGGGCAAGACCCAAAGCAGCGAGUACCAGUCUCACACGGAGUCUGAG